CCAAGGUAGUAAUAAAGGUAAUAAAGGUAGUAAUAAAGUGUUCCUCCUCAGCUCCCUCCCAAUGGAGCUUCUCCUUGACACUGCCACCACCUCUACGUCUGAGACCCCCGUGACAUCUGACACUGCUAACUGCAGCGGGUGGGGGGCGCCCUACCUGCACAAGUUAGCCCACCUGGACAUGCAGCUGUAUUACGACUUCUACGCUGUGUGGGUCUCCCUCAUGGUGUGCAACGGCGUGAUGCUGGUGCUGGGGGUGGUCCUCAACGGCCUGGCUCUGUACGUCUUUUGCGGGCCGCACCACACGCAGUCGGCUUCGGCGGUGUACACGGUGAAUUUAGCUGUGGCCGACCUGCUGGUGGCGCUGUCGCUGCCCGCCCGCAUAGCCCUGUACCACAGCGGCGGGCGCUGCGAGGCCUGUGCUUACGUGCACGCCUUCAGCUACUUCGUCAACAUGUACUGCAGCAUCCUCUUCCUCACCAGCAUCUGCAUCGAUCGCUACCUGGCGGUGGUGCACGCGUCGUGCACGCUACUUCCCUGGAGGAGCACAGGCGCGGCCAGGUGUGUCAGUGUAGUCGUGUGGACGCUAGCAGUGGUGGUCACCUACUCCUUCCAGACAACGGCGCUUGAGCUGAGCACUUCCUGCGUGGUCCUUCCUGCUCUCUUGUACAUCACCAUCCUGGAGUUCCUGCUGCCCCUGCUGGCCGUGGUCGGCUUCACCCUGCGCGUGGCCUGCUUCCUCUCCACCGGCGGGGGUCUGACGGCGCACCAGCACAGCAGGGCGAGAAAGGCGCGCGCCAUCAAGCUGCUGACCGCCGUCCUCCUCGUCUUCACAGUCUGCUUCACGCCCUUCCAUGUCCGCCAGGUGUUGGUGUACUCCGGCGUCCGCGUGGGAGCCGAGGGUCACCCGGCGACGGGGCACGUGCUGGCUUACCACAUUACUGUGACGCUGAGCAGCCUGAACAGCUGCCUGGAUCCGGUGGUGUACUGCCUGGUGACGGACAGCUUCAAGAGGGUGUGGAGAGCACGCAGGAGACAACGGGAGGCGGGGUUUAGCAAGAGCGCGGGCGCGGCCGUGGCGAUUGCUCACAGAGUGGCUGCGCUCACGCUGACCAGCGCGCCCACAACCCCCGAUACUGCCGUCGUCGAUCACAAACAUGCACACGAGUGUGCGUCUGUUGGAACGGUCCAAUAACACGGACGUGAGGUCAAAGGUCACCUGCUGCGUUUGAUGGCCUUCUUUCACACUAAAGUUAUCUGAGUACUGAGGAA